AUGUCUGACUCAGGAGGCGAUCCACCGGUCAAUUCUCACGCACCGUCGCCCCUAAAUUAUAUCCUCUCUUUCCUCUUGGUUGGCAUCUGCUGGGGGUUCACGACUCCUUUCAUCCGCAAAGCUGCCGUGAACUACACCGCGCCCUCACAUCCCUCAAUCACCAAUCCCAAUAGGUCCUGGAUUUCUAGACUGAUCGCAAAAGCGUUCUACACGGUCAUAGGCCUCCUCAAACGGCCCGAUUAUGCCGUUCCGCUUAUUAUGAACCUUACUGGAAGCAUUUGGUUUUUCCUGUUAGUCGGACAAGCUGAGCUGUCUCUCACAGUCCCCAUCACCAACUCAUUAGCUUUCCUCUUCACCGUGCUUGGCGAGUGGUACGCUGAGGGCAAGCUCAUCUCGAGGAAUACGUGGGUGGGCAUGACGUUUGUCUGCGUUGGCAUAGGACUUUGCGUUUGGUCUAAAACAGGAUGA